UGCCUACUUGGCCCGGAAAUCAGGAACCACGCGGCGGAGUGUCCUUUCGGUAGAUUUACGGAUUUUUCCCACCCUGUGGCAAUUUUACAACUUGGAAGAAGAACAAACAGAACGUUAGUUAAAUCGAAGGCAGAGGAAAUAAAGAGCCCUCUGGAACUGCGUGAAAACGGAACCUUAGGAGAUGGGGUUGGAAACGCCAUAGGAAGGAAAAGAAAAUGCUCUUGCCGGCACGUGUUAUUAGACGUUAGGGGCUACAUAGCGCUUGGGCUGAGGGGCAGCCUCCUGAGGAGUUGUUUGCGCGUGAGAAGUGAUGGGCUGUUGGGCCUAGCCUCUCCUCCUUCCUUGGGGCUUCUCGGAGGGAGAAGGCGAGGUCAGAAGGAUGAGGCGGUGGCUACCAAAAAGUGGUACACUGUAGGUCUUUGCUUUGGGCUCCUGCUGCUAUUUUGUGAUCUCGCUUGGAAGGAUACAGUUAACUUUUGAGGAAGGUUUGAGUGAGAGCUGAGCGUCUGCUGAGAGCUCAACGAGAUGGAGAGACCUCUAGAAAACGUUUCCAGCAAUCUUGGUAGGACAGUGUUAAAACAGUUCCGGGUUCUGAAAUUAGACUUGACUAUGAUCCUUGCUUAACCACUACUGUUUUCUAAAUGGCACUGGUAAAAGCCUUAACCGCUCCUACUCCCCUGGCUGAUGAGAUCCACGCAAACUGCUUUGAAUAAUACAGGCACACAGUGGGGAAAAAUAUUUUAGAUAGCUGCCCAACAUUCAUGAAAGCCAACAGAGAAAUGAAGCGCCUCUUUGUCGGUGGACUUGGGCAGGGCAUUUCUGAGACAGACCUACAGAGUCAGUUCAGCAGAUUUGGGGAGGUUUCUGACGUGGAGAUCAUCACUCGGAAAGAUGACCAAGGAAAUUCACAGAAAGCCUUUGCGUAUGUUAACAUCCAAAUAACAGAAGUGGACUUGAAAAAAUGUAUGUCUAUUUUAAACAAAACAAAAUGGAAAGGUGGAACAUUACAAAUUCAGCUAGCAAAAGAAAGCUUUUUACACAGAUUGGCCCAAGAAAGAGAAGAAGCAAAAGCAAAGAAAGAAAAAUCAAGCACAGGCAAUACCGCCUUACUGGAAAAGAUGGGAGGAGUGGAUUUCCAUAUGAAGGCUGUGCCUGGGACAGAGGUGCCAGGACAUAAAAAUUGGGUUGUGAGUAAAUUUGGAAGAGUCUUACCUGUUCUUCACCUUAAGAAUCAACAAAAACAUAAAAUUAUGAAAUAUGAUCCAUCAAAAUACUGCCACAAUAUAAAAAAGAUACCAGAGAAUUUGACAGAAACCACUCCUAUAACUGAACUCACUUGGAAAUUGGAAGGAGGCGAUGAUCCUAUGAGUAAGAAACGUCGAGGAGAGUUCUCUGACUUUCAUAUCCCUCCUCAAAAGUUGAAGAAAGUGCAGAAGAGCAAUGAUUCCAUGGAGUCCAAGGUUUCUGAUAUUGAUCUAAGGACUAAUCAGGUAAUGGAGAGGAAUAAAUCAACACGGCCCGUGACUGCACGUGGGACAGCCCCUAGUACUGUCACUCCUCCUAAACCACUCCUUGUCUCCAGUUCUGGGACUCAGAAACCUAAACAUGUGGUUUUUCAUAAUUCUGACUUUGAAAUUAUCUGGAAUAGAAGUAGCAUGUCUGAUGAUGACAUUGACUCAGAAGAAGAAUUAAAAAUGAUGAUUGCAGAAGAGGAAAACAGAGAGAAACCUGGGCGUUCCUCAGUCAAUGAGUCUGAACAUGAAACUUUUGAAGUUGUUAGGGAUGAUUUCAAAUCAAGUAUUCACAAACUUCCUUUUUCAGCAAGCUUAGGAAAUAACCAUGAAUAUGACUCAAGUGAUACCGAUGAAAUUAUUACAAUGAAAAAAAACAGUGCUAAGGUCAAAAACAGUACAGAAUUUUCACAAACAGAAAGGCCUCUAAGCAAGAAAAGUUCUUUUCAAAAGAUAGAAUCGUCUAAUGACUGUAUAAAAGUACCAGAAAUUAAAAGCAACCAAGAACCAGCCUUGUGUCAUGGAGUAAAGUUUGUAAAUUCCAAAUUUCCACCUGACUCCAAUGGCAGUGACAGUGAAGAGUCCGAGGAAGAUGAAGAGUAUAAAGCCUUGAUGAAAAACUGUCCCCGUGUGAGUCUCACUUUGGCUGACUUGGAGCUGUUGGCUGGCAGUCAUCAGAAGUUUCCAGGAAAAGACAGUGAGACUAAUGGUCCACAAAACUGCAAAUUUGACACAACCUCCAAGAGUUCCAAGACUUGUGGUGACCUUUACCAUGGCCGGCAGUGCAUUCUUCCUGAGGAGAUUGUGGCUUCCCUUUUAGCGGAAGAGAGCACUUGCAGCAAACAAAAAUCAGAGGAAAAUAUCUUAAAGCCAAAAUUCCAGGCCUUCAAGGGAAUAGGCUGUCUCUAUGCAAAGGAGUCAGUGGACAAAACUUUGAAAAAGAAUAUUGCCUUUAAUACUGUCAGUGAGCAUCACAGGUCCUUAAAACACAAAGAUCACAAUAGAAGUUUUAUGGAAAAUGGAUUCAAGUGUGUUAAUGGCUCAUCAAGCAAACUGAUUUCAUGCCAACCUGCAAAGAAAGUGAAUGACCCAAACCACAUGCAGUCUCCAAAAAGACAGUAUACUUUUGAGAACCAGAACCAUAAAAUGAUGUCCCCUACUAGUUUUGACAAGGGAAGUACAAAUCCUCUCCCAUGUCCGUUGCCAUUAAAAGCUAAAGCAUCCCAAAAUCCUACUGCAAACAGUCACAAGGUAGACUCUGAUGGAGACUUUUGCCAUUGGCCUGAAAGUAGAAAAGUUUUAGAGAAAGAGAAGACCAAUUUAAGCAACCUCCCAUCUCUUGAGAAACCACCGAAGGUGUCUCCCAGGGAAAACCCUCAGAAAAGCACAUCUGGUUUCUCACUUUCUGUUAGUAAUGCAUCUUGUAUAAAUGCUAAGGAUAAACAUGCUGAAGACAACCAGAAGCGAUUGGCAGCCUUGGCAGUGUGGCAGAAAGCCAGAGAAGUGCAGAAAAAACUGGUGCACAGUGCAUUGGCAAAUUUGGAUGGUCAUCCAGAGGACAAAAAAACACACAUUGUCUUUGCUUCUGAUAAUGAAAGUGAAACAGAGGAGACAUCCACUCAUGAGCAAAGCUGUCCAGAAAAGGAGCUGGUGAAAGAAUCUGUGUGUAAAACGUCUGGGAAGCUGUUUGACAGCAGUGAUGAUGAAGAAUCGGAUUCCAAGGAGGACAGCACCAGGUUCAGCAUUAAACCUCAGUUUGAAGGCAGAGCUGGCCAGAAGCUUAUGGAUCUGCAGUCUCAGUUUGGAAGUGAUGAGAGAUUCCGCAUGGACUCUAGAUUUUUAGAGAGUGACAGUGAAGACGAACAGGAAGAGUUAAAUGAAAAUAAAGAAAAUGAUGAUGAGCUUGCUGCAGAAAAAAAGAAAACCCUGAAUGUUGUACAGAGUGUUCUCAACAUCAAUGUGAACAACCCUACAAACAAAGGAUCAGUGGCUGCUAAGAAAUUUAAGGAUAUUGUACAUUAUGACCCAACAAAGCAGGACCAUGCCAUUUAUGAAAGAAAACAAGAAGAUAAAGAAAAAGAAAGUAAGGCAAAGCGGAAGAAGAAAAAGGAAGAAGCUGAGAAGCUGCCUGAGGUAUCCCAAGACAUGUAUUAUAACAUUGCUACAGAUUUGAAAGAAAUAUUCCAAAGUAUGAACAACACAGAUGAAAAGGAAGAAGAUGCGCCCAGGACUGAGGCUGGUGCUAGAAAGGGGACUGGGGAAAUCAAGAACGCUACCAUACUAGCAUGUGGUCCCGAGCAGACCACUGGCUUUACAUUCUCUUUUUUUGAGUCAGCCACUAAAGAUGAAAAGGAUGCCACCUAUAAAAUCGAACUAGUGAAACGUGGGAAGAUAGCCUGUCAGAACGAUCCCCGAUUCCAAGACAGUAGUUCCGAAGAAGAGGAUAUUGCUGAAGAAGAAGCUGAUCACAGAAAGCCUAGCCCUGGAGAAGCGGUUCCUGAGAACGAGACCAUUAGAUUUUUCUUUUUCUCUGAAAAUGACGACAGACUUCGUGGUUCUAACUUAUUCUGGAGUGGUGUGGGAGGUAGUGUUAGCAGAAAUUCUUGGGAAGCCCGAACAAGUAAUCUCCUUUUGGAAUGUCGGAAGAAACAUAAAGAAGCCAAAAGGAAGGUGAAAGCAAAUUAACCAUUGUCAGCUUUGGUUUUGAAAAUGAAUGUGCAGAUUGCUCACCAGCCUUUCAAAGAAAUUAAUGCAGAAAAGCAUUCACUGACAAAGAAGAAAUUUCAUAGUAGAAAAAUAUUCAAAACCUGGAUGAUUAUUACUGUCAUUCUGAUGACUAUUUCUAUGGAAUUAUUAUAUAUUCCCUCCUUGGUGACUGUCCAAAAAUUAACUGAGCCAGUUGUGGCACACACAAUGUAGCUGCAGCACUUUAGAAGGGGAGUGGGAGGAUCACGUGACCCUGGAGUUUUAGAUCACACUCAGCAAACAGCAACACUCCAUCUCAGAACAACACCCAUUCUUGUCCUCCACUCUGAAAUGACAGGAGACUUACAUGAAGCCCUGUUUAAUAAAUGGUUUGAUGUACUUGUUUAAAUAUUUCUGAUUAUACUAAAUACUUUACCUCUAAUUUAUACAUUAACUUUGAGUUCUGUACAUACAGAUGUAAGUUUCUGAUGUAAUUUCUGAAGACAAAAUUGGACUUCUUAAUAAAUGGUUCAAAAUA